AUGAAAUGUCUAUCUAAGAUAGCUAGUGUUCUGCGAAAACCUCUACAAUGUGAUAAGCUUACUUCCUCCUUAUCUAGGUUAUCUUAUGCUAGGGUUCUUGUUGAAGUGGAUCUAAGGGUAAAGUGUUCUGGAAAGCCACAAUUUGAUCCUAUGCAUAUUGAAGCUGAAGAGGAGGGUUGGGAAUUAAUUAAAGGUAAGAAGAACUCCAAGUUGGCCAAGAAGCAGCAGCUGCCCCCAGCUGAAGCUCAUGCUACAACUGGUUCUGAUGGGCUUAACAGCCCUCUAAAGCAGCAUGAGAUAGUCAAUCUCCUGAAAAAGAAUAAAGUGGAUGUUUGUGUUCUUUUGGAAACCAAGCUGAGUUCCACCAAGUUUGCUCAGCUUAAUAAGUCUAGGUUGAAGCAGUGGAAGUUUCUGGCUAAUGUGGAUGCUGCUAGCACAGCUAGGAUUGUGGUGUUCUGGAAUAUUUUUCUGUUCAGGAGAAGGUUAUGGGAGGAUUUGAGGAAGUGGUUCUCUACUUCUCCUUGGAUCAUUAUGGGGGAUUUUAACUCUAUUCUGUCUGAAGCUGAAAAGCAUAGAGGGAGUCCAGUCUCUAAUUAUGAAGUUGAUGAUUUCAGAGGGUGUUGCUCUGAUCUUGGCUACACUGGCAAUCACUUUACUUGGUCCAAUGGUAGUAUUUGGAGCAAAAUUGAUAGGGUUUUGGUAAAUCCUUUUUGGUUCACAUUGCAGAUGCUAAGCCAUGUUCAUUUCCCUCCUCCUGGUGCUUUUUCUGAUCAUUCUCCUGCUACUGUUCAGUUGGGGGCCAUGCAAUUGCAGGGUAAGAGGGCUUUCAAAUUCUAUAACAUGUGGACUGCUCAUAAACAGUUUUUGGAGUUGGUUGGGGCAAAUUGGCAUCUUCCUGUUUAUGGUUCUAUAAUGUUUACUUUGUGUAAAAGACUUAAGCAUCUAAAAGGUCAUUUGAAAACCUUGAAUAGGUUGCAUUUCAGUCACAUCUCUGAAAGAGUUCUCAGAGCUGCUGCUGAUCUGGAAUCUCAUCAGAUCAUUUUACAGAAUGAUAAAGACAAUCCUCAGCUUGUGUUGCAGGAGAAGCAUCUGAGGCCAAAGCUUAUCAAUCUCAAGGCUGCUGAAAACAUGUUCUUUAGUCAAAAACUUAAGUCCACUUUCCUAAAGGAGUGUGACAAAGGUUCCAGUUUCUUUCAUGCUCUUAGGAGCCACAGGCAUAGAAAAAAUUUCAUCCCUGCUAUUCUCUGUGACAAUGGCACUCUGGCUACCUCUGUGCAGCAAGUUGGUGGUGAAUUUGUCAAAUACUAUCAGUCUCUCUUGGGCACUGCUAAGGUUAUCUCCCCUCUGGAUGAAGAUGUUGUUUAUAGUGGCCCCUGUCUUGAUGAUUCUUCUCAGGCACCCCUUCUAGCUACUGUUACAAAUACUGAUAUAAAAAUGCUAUGUUCAUCUUGGAGUAUAGUUGGUGAGGAUUUAUGUGCUGCCAUUAAGGAUUUUUUCACCUCUAGGGAUCUUCUAAAGCAGGUUAAUAAUGUUGUCAUUGCUUUGAUCCCAAAGUCUGCUAAUGUUGUUGCUGUGGUUGAUUUUAGGCCUAUUUCCUAUUGUAAUGUGAUUUACAAGGUCAUUGCUAAAGUCCUUGUUGAUAGGUUGUCCAUUGCUCUUAAAAGUAUCAUCAGCCCUUCUCAAAAUGCUUUCUUGGGGGGGAGGAACAUGAUUGAUAAUAUCAAUCUUGUGUUUCCUGUUCACUUAGUCAUGAAGUGUGUGGAGACAACUUCUUUUUCUAUGGUUGUUAAUGGAGAGGUCUUUGGCUUCUUCCAUGGCACGAGAGGGGUGAGGUUCAAUUUUCAUCCUAAAUGCAGUCCUCAAAGAAUUAGUCAUCUGGCUUUUGCAGAUGAUAUUCUUCUGGUUUCUAGGGGAGAUAGCCUUUCUGUGCAUUUUUUAUAUGAGCAACUACUAACGUUUGGUAGAAUAUCUGGACUGGGAAUCAAUGAUGAGAAGUCUACCAUUUAUUUUGGUGGAGUUUGUGAUAAUACUAAUAGCUUAAUUCUGCAAGAGAUUGGCUUCAGAGAGGGAGUUUUCCCUUUAAAGUAUUUGGGUGUUCCUCUUAGCCCCCACAGACUAUUUAGCUAG